AUGGCGGACGCUACUGGAAUAUCAGCUGCCCCAACUAUCCAAUCUGUCGAAGGUCUCGAUCGAUGGCUGGUGUAUGAGAGUUAUGGUUGGUGCUUCCCGCUGUAUGGCGAACCGACGCACGAUGCUAAGGGCAAAUACAACCGCGCUUAUGUGGUAGGCAGGGUGGAUUUCCCACGCGCCUCGGAUUUAUCAAUCAUAAAGGGGCUGUUCGAUAUGAAGAUUGGCGAGGUGGGCUCGUAUUGGGACGCAGCGCAGCAAAUCGAGUACAAAUACGCCAAGAUCAAGCUCAGAGACGUCUUCGCGUAUUACACAGACGACGAUGGCAAGCUCCGAGUACCACGCUGGAACUGCUUCAAGUUCGCAGUUGACGAGUACUUGGAGAGCAAGCAGGGCCAGGACUAG